CUCUGAGCCCAAGCCAAGCCAUCGCAUCCCCUGUGACUUGCACGUAUAUGCCCAGAUGGCCUGAAGUAACUGAAGAAUCACAAAAGAAGUGAAUAUGCCCUGCCCCACCUUAACUGAUGACAUUCCACCACAAAAGAAUUGUAAAUGGCCAGUCCUUGUCUUAAGUGAUGACAUUACCUUGUGAAAGUCCUUUUCCUGGCUCAUCCUGGCUCAAAAAGCACCCCCACUGAGCACCUUGCGACCCCCACUCCUGCCCGCCAGAGAACAAACCCCCUUUGACUGUAAUUUUCCUUUACCUACCCAAAUCCUAAAAAACGGCCCCACCCUUAUCUCCCUUCGCUGACUCUCUUUUCAGACUCAGCCCACCUGCACCCAGGUGAAAUAAACAGCUUUAUUGCUCACACAAAGCCUGUUUGGUGGUGUCUUCACACGGACAUGCAUGAAAUUUGGUGCCGUGACUCGGAUCGGGGGACCUCCCUUGGGAGAUCAAUCCCCCGUCCUCCUGCUCUUUGCUCCGUGAGAAAGAUCCAUCUAUGACCUCAGGUCCUCAGACCAACCAGCCCAAGAAACAUCUCACCAAUUUCAAAUCCGUGACAAAGGAGACACGUUUUAUCCGUGGACUCAAAACUCUGGCGCCGGUCACGGACUGGGAAGGCAGCCUUCCCUUGGUGUUUAAUCAUUGCAGGGACGCCUCUCUUGAUUAUACACCCACGUUUCAAGGGUGUCAGACCACACAGGGAUGCCUGCCUUGGUCCUUCACCACUAGCGUCGGACUGACCCUGACACCCAUCAAGCUCAGCAAAUUACCUAGGCUGUACGGCUGCAAAGCUUCACAGACAGCCCCCAUUACUUCAAUCAAGCCCAAAUUUCUUCCUCAUCUGUUACCUAUCUUGGCAUAAUUCUCAUAAAAACACACAUGCUCUCCCUGCCAAUCAUGUCUGACUGAUCUCACAAACCCCAGCACCUUCUACAAAACAACAACUCCUUUCCUUCCUAGGCAUGGUUAGCGUGGUCAGAAUUCUUACACAAGAGCCAGGACCACACCCUGUAGCCUUUCUGUCCAAACAACUUGACCUUACUGUUUUAGCCUAGCCCUCAUGUCUGCAUACAGAGGCUGCCGCUGCUUUAAUACUUUUAGAGGCCCUCAAAAUCACAAACUAUGCUCAACUCACUCUCUACAGUUCUCAUAACUUCCAAAAUCUAUUUUCCUCCUCAUACCUGACGCAUAUACUUUCUGCUUCCUGGCUCCUUCAGCUAUACUCACUCUUCGUUGAGUCUCCCACAAUUACCGUUGUUCCUGGCCCAGACUUCAAUCCGGCCUCCCACAUUAUUCCUGAUACCACACCUGACCCCCAUGACUGUAUCUCUCUGAUCCACCUGACAUUCACCCCAUUUCCCCAAAUUUCCUUCUUUCCUGUUCCUCACCCUGAUCACACUUGAUUUAUUGAUGGCGGUUCCACCAGGCCUAAUCACCACACACCAGCAAAGGCAGGUUAUGCUAUAGUACAAGCCACUAGCCCGCCUCUUAAAACCUCUCAUUUCCUUUCCAUCGUGGAAAUCUAUCCUCAAGGAGAUAACUUCUCAGUGUUCCAUCUGCUAUUCUACUACUCCUCAGGGAUUAUUCAGGCCCCCUCCCUUCCCUACACAUCAAGCUCGAGGAUUUGCCCCACCCAGGACUGGCAAAUUAGCUUUACUCAACAUGCCCUGAGUCAGAUAACUAAAAUACCUCUUAGUCUAGGUAGAUACUUUCACUGGGUAGGUAGAGGCCUUUCCUACAGGGUCUGAGAAGGCCACCACAGUCAUUUCUUCCCUUCUGUCAGACAUAAUUCCUCAGUUUAGCCUUCCCACCUCAAUACAGUCUGAUAACAGACGAGCCUUUAUUAGUCAAAUCAGCCAAGCAGUUUUUCAGGCUCUUAGUAUUCGGUGAAACCUUUAUAUCCCUUACGGUCCUCCGUCUUCAAGAAAAGUAGAAUGGACUAAAGGUCUUUUAAAAACACACCUCACCAAGCUCAGCCACCAACUUAAAAAGGACUGGACAAUACUUUUACCACUUUCCCUUGUCAGAAUUCAGGCCUGUCUUCGGAAUGCUACAGGGUACAGCCCAUUUAAGCUCCUGUAUAGACGCUCCUUUUUAUUAGGCCCCAGUCUCAUUCGUCACCAGACCAACUUAGACUGUGCCCCAAAAAACUUGUCAUCCCUACUAUCUUCUGUCUAGUCAUACUCCUAUUCACCGUUCUCAACUACUCAUACAUGCCCUGCUCUUGUUUACACUGCCGGUUUACGCUGUUUCUCCAAGCCAUCACAGCUGACAUCUCCUCGUGCUAUCCUCAGACUGCCACUCUUAACUCUUGAAGUAAAUAAAUAAUCUUUGCUGGCAGGACUAUGCUGAAUCUGCUUAAGCACUCUCUAAUCAGAUAUCCUGAGUCGUCCCAAUUCUUAGACAUUUUAUACCUGUUUUUCUCCUUUUGUUAUUCCAUUUAGUUUUUCAAUUCAUACAAAACCGUAUCCAGGCCAUCACCAAUCAUUCUAUACAACAAAUGUUUCUUCUAACAUCCCCACAAUAUCACCCCUUACCACAAGACCUCCCUUCAGCUUAAUCUCUCCCACUCUAGGCUCCCACGCCGCCCCUAAUCCCGCUUGAAGCAGCCCUGAGAAACAUCGCCCAUUCUUUCUCCAUACCACCCCCCCAAAAAUUUUCGCCGCCCCAACACUUCAACACUGUUUUGUUUUAUUUUUCUUAUUAAUAUAAGAAGGCAGGAAUGUCAGGCCUCUGAGCCCAAGCCAAGCCAUCGCAUCCCCUGUGACUUCCACGUAUAUGCCCAGAUGGCCUGAAGUAACUGAAGAAUCACAAAAGAAGUGAAUAUGCCCUGCCCCACCUUAACUGAUGACAUUCCACCACAAAAGAAGUAUAAAUGGCCAGUCCUUGCCUUAAGUGAUGACAUUACCUUGUGAAAGUCCUUUUCCUGGCUCAUCCUGGCUCAAAAAGCACCCCCACUGAGCACCUUGCGACCCCCACUCCUGCCCGCCAGAGAACAAACCCCCUUUGACUGUAAUUUUCCUUUACCUACUCAAAUCCUAAAAAACGGCCCCACCCUUAUCUCCCUUCGCUGACUCUCUUUUCGGACUCAGCCUGCCUGCACCAAGGUGAAAUAAACAGCCAUGUUGCUCACACAAAGCCUGUUUGGUGGUCUCUUCACACAGACGUGCAUGAAAGUCACCACAUAGGGGAAAAGUGGAAAGUGGAAGUGAGCUCAUGAGACGAGAGAGAAAAUCUGGCUGAACUCAUCUUUUUUUAUUAGGAAGUCACUCCCACAGUCAUUAACUGACUCCCAAGAUAAAGACAUUUAUCCAUUCCCCUCAUGGCCUAAUCAUCCCUUAAAAGCAUCACUUCUUAAUAUUGUUACAAUAGCAAUUCAGCUUCCCACACAUGAAUUCUAGGGAACAUAUUCACAAUAUAGUAGAACCAGUCACAUGACAACCAUCAAUAACUGGAAAGAAGCAAGAUAGAAUGGUCUUCUUAUUAGUUUGGGAAACAAAUGAGAACUAGGUAUGAGUAAGCACUAGGGCUUUCUACAGUUCUCCAGUGGUCUGUAAGUCAACAUAUUUUAAAUUAUUAUUAUGUGUCAACAUUGAAGCCCACAUACAAAAAUAAAUCAAUGUAAUACACUAUAUUACAUAAACAGAUAAAACACAUAAUGAUUUCAGUAGAUUCAGAGAAAGAAUUUGACAGAAUUCAACAUAGUUUUAUAUGAUUAAAAGCACUGAAUGAAACAGAAACAGAAGGCCUAUGUAAGCCAAUUUAAAUUUUAUUGGAUAUCAUCCCUAAUGAUGAAUGAAACAUAACAUUUCAUAUCACACAGUUGCGUAAUAAUAGAGGUAAAAAAGUACUGGCAGGACAAAAAGAUUUUAAUCAAGAGAUUUUGAGAGAUGCUUCAGUGAUGAAAUCAAACAAAUUUAAAAAGAGAACAACUUUGGUAUAUAAUUAGAAGUCAGAAAUCUAAAUAUCAGAUUUAAUACUGUAAGGCCUCUGAGCCCAAGCCUGCAGGUAUACAUCCAGAUGGCCCGAAGCAAGUGAAGAAUCACAAAAGAAGUGAAAAUGGCCAGUUCCUGCCUUAACUGAUGACAUUAUCUUGUGAAAUUCCUUCUCCUGGCUCAGAGGCUCCCCCGCUGAGCACCUUGUAACCCCCACCCCUGCCAGCAAGAGAACAAACCCCUUUGACUGUAAUUUUCCACUACCCACCCAAAUCCUAUAAAACGGCCCCACCCCUAUCUCCCUUGGCUGACUCUCUUUUAGGACUCAGCCUGCCUGCACUCAGGUGAUUAAAAAGCUUUAUUGCUCACAGAA